AUGGCUUCUCCCCAAUCGCCCGCGUCUCCAACUAGCAGCGCCGCGUCGAGAGCAUCCUUGGACCACGACAACAACCACUCCCUCACCCUCGAGCAUCUUGUAACCCAUUUUGUUGCUGCUAAGCGCGCACUUAACACCCAGACAGUCCUAUGGCGUGCCACCGACAUUGUCAGCACCGCACGCGAGCUGCUCGAGGAGAAUGCCGUCCUCGCAGCCAAGAACACUUCGAUCCGUAAUAUAGUAGAGCAGCAGGUCGAUGCCUUGGAAGCUGUGCGCCGCGGUGUUGACGUAGUCGAGGCCGAAGUGCAGACUGAGUUUAAGCAGAUUCUGCAUCACGUCGACACAUCCUUUGCCGGCCUCAACUCUACCCUUGCCGUCUUGCGCGAGACUCCCAUCGAAGCCGUCCUGCAGCCUCAUGGGACCCCUCAGAAGCACCUCUACGACUUCAUCGACAGUGCCACCGUCUCCAACCUCGAGAGCACCCUGCGCGCCUGCAUAGACCGGUACAACGAGGCACAUGCUACGCUCGACGAGAGCUGCGAUGCCUUUGAUACCUCGCUCGAUAAUCUCUACUCGUCCAUCGACAAUGUUCCCAUGACGCCUGCUACCGUAUCAACCCCGAGCCCAAUACCGAGCCUAUACCACAAUCUCGAAGGACACGCCAAAGAGGCUGCUCAGGCCUUCCAGUCCCUGGUUCAGCACUAUGAUCUGUGCAUUACAGCCUUGCGACACACCGAGGGUGGAUCUGCCGCUGCCACACAAGCCACGGGCGAUGCGCCUGUGCACUCUGCUGACGACGGAGCAGCGCCUCCCGAGCCCAUGAGUGAAGAAGAACGGCGUGACAUGCUCAACGUCUUACAAAAGGACGCCCGCCAAGUCGACGAUGUGGUGGCUGAGAUUCAAGAGAGAGGCUCGGAAAUGACGUUCUUGCUUAGCCAGAUUGAGAACCAUGUCAACCACCUCCGCAGCGAGGCGUCGGCUCUGUCAAGUAUACUGCAAAUGAUAUCGCACAUUACAAACGAGGUCAAACGACACAUUGCCACCUCGCGCGCCUUCCACGUCUCGUGGCUCCAAGAUACCCGUCCCAACCUGCUCAACGGCAUCGACGAAUGGGAGAAUCAACGAGAAUUCUACGAACGCUUUGACCUGGCAUAUGCUGAGCUUCUGGUAGAGAUAUCAUCGCGAAGGAGACGGCAUGAAAAGGCCAAGCGCAAGGCCGAAGAGGCGCAGAAAGAGCUGGAUAAGCUGCGUUUGGAGGAUGAGCGCGCAAGAGAACAGUUUACCCUGGCUCAAGGAGAUUUUCUGCCCCUCGAUAUAUGGCCGGGGCUGAGGGAUCCGCCAAGGCAGUACGAAGUCAGAGUCGUCCCUGUUGCUGUGGAAACCCAGGACGACAACGUGCAGGGAGCAGAUGAGUGGGGUGAGGGCGGUGGAAUUCAGAGUAUCCCGCAGUUGGGCAGAAACGUCGUUGAGAGGGCGCUGAUGAGGGUGAAGAGACGGAUGUGAAGAUGCGAAGUUUUAUUCAUUGCAGCCCCAAGCAUACGGCGGCACAGAUAUCAAAAUGCGCUAGUUAUGGUCGCACAAAAAUGCAAACAUCGUUAGGA